CAUGAUCACUUUCAUGAAGAAGGAGCUGAAGAAGUUCCAGAAGCUUCUGAGUCCAGAUUACCCAGAAUGCUUAGUUUUGGAGGGUGAGGGUGUAGAGCAGUGGAAGAGGAGCAGAGAGGCGUUAGUGAAGAUAACAGUGGACUUCCUGAGGAGGAUGAAGCAGGAGGAGCUGGCUGAGCGUCUGCAGAGCAAAUAUUUUGCUCCAGCUUGUCAACAUAAGCUAAAAUCUGGUCUGAAGAAGAAGUUCCAGUGUGUGUUUGAGGGGAUUGCUAAAGCAGGAAAUUCAACCCUUCUGAACCAGAUCUACACAGAGCUCUACAUCACAGAGGGAGAGACUGCAGAGGUCAAUGAUGAACAUGAGGUCAGACAGAUUGAAACAUCAUCCAGAAAACCACACAGACCAGAAACAACCAUCAGACAAGAAGACAUCUUUAAACUCCCACCUGGAAGAGAUGAACCAAUCAGAACAGUGAUGACAAAGGGAGUGGCUGGCAUUGGGAAAACUGUCUUAACACAGAAGUUCACUCUGGACUGGGCUGAAGACAAAGCCAACCAGGACAUCCAGUUCACAUUUCCACUGACUUUCAGAGAGCUGAAUGUGCUGAAAGAGAAAAAGUUCAGCUUGGUGGAACUUGUUCAUCACUUCUUUACUGAAACCAAAGAAGCAGGAAUCUGCAGCUUUGAAGAGUUCCAGGUCGUCUUCAUCUUGGAUGGUCUGGAUGAGAGUCGACUUCCUCUGGACUUCCACAACAAUGAGACCCUGACUGAUGUUACAGAGUCCACCUCAGUGGAUGUGCUGCUGACUAACCUCAUCAGGGGGAAACUGCUGCCCUCUGCUCGCCUCUGGAUAACCACACGACCUGCAGCAGCCAAUCAGAUCCCUCUUGACUGUGUUGGCAUGGUGACAGAGGUCAGAGGGUUCACUGACCCACAGAAGGAGGAGUACUUCAGGAAGAGGUUCAGAGAUGAGGAGCAGGCCAGCAAGAUCAUCUCCCACAUGAAGACAUCACGAAGCCUCCACAUCAUGUGCCACAUCCCAGUCUUCUGCUGGAUCACUGCUACAGUUCUGGAGGAUGUGCUGAAAACCAGAGAGGAAGGAGAGCUGCCCAAGACCCUGACUGAGAUGUACAUCCACUUCCUAGUGGUCCAGACUAAAGUCAAGAAGGUCAAGUAUGAUGGAGGAGCUGAGACAGAUGCACACUGGAUUCCAGAGAGCAGGAAGAUGAUUGAGUCUCUGGGAAAACUGGCUUUUGAUCAGCUGCAGAAAGGAAACCUGAUCUUCUAUGAAUCAGACCUGACAGAGUGUGGCAUCGAUAUCACAGCAGCCUCAGUUUACUCAGGAGUGUUCACACAGAUCUUUAAAGAGGAAAGAGGACUGUACCAGGAGAAGGUGUUCAGCUUUGUCCAUCUGAGUGUUCAGGAGUUUCUGGCUGCUCUUCAUGUCCGUCUGACCUUCAUCAACUCUGGAAUCAACCUGGUGGAAGAACAACAAUCACAUUUCAGAUUGUCCACAUUUUUUAUGAAACCAGAUUCAAAACAUCUUCAUCAGAGAGCUGUGGACGAGGCCCUACAGAGUCCAAAUGGACACCUGGACUUGUUUCUCCGCUUUCUCCUGGGUUUAUCACUGCAGACCAAUCAGAGUCUCCUACAAGGCCUCAUGAUACAGACAGGAAGUAGCUCACAGACCAAUCGGGAAACAGUUCAGUACAUAAAGAAGAAGAUCAGUGAGAAUGUGUCUGCAGAGAGAAGCAUCAAUCUGUUCCACUGUCUGAAUGAACUGAAUGAUCGUUCUCUAGAGGAGGAGAUCCAUCAGUUCCUACGAUUAGGACGUCUCUCCUCAGAUGAACUGUCUCCUGUUCAGUGGUCAGCUCUGGCCUUCAUCUUACUGUCAUCAGAAGAAGAUCUGGAGGUGUUUGACCUGCAGAAAUACGCUCCUUCAGAGGAGGUUCUUCUAAGGCUCCUGCCUGUAGUCAAAGCCUCCAAAAAAGCUAUGCUGAGUGUGUGUGGUCUCUCAGAGAGACUGACAGAACUGGACCUGAGUAACAACGACCUGCAGGACUCAGGAGUCAAGAAGCUGUGUGAUGGACUGAAGAGUCCAAACUGCAAACUGGAAACUCUCAGCCUGUCAGGAUGUCUGAUCACAGAGGAAGGCUGUGCUUCUCUGGCCUCAGCUCUGACCUCCAACCCCUCCCAUCUGAGAGAGCUGGACCUGAGAUACAACCAUCCAGGAGACUCAGGAGUGAAGCCACUCACAAUCAACAUGAACACAGUGAACAGAAACCUCAAAUUUUCUGACAACAACAGGAAGGUGACACAUGUGGAGAAGCUUCAGUCAUAUCCUGAUCAUCUAGACAGGUUUAUCUGGUUUCCUCAGCUGCUGUGUGAAAAUAUUCUGACUGGUCGCUGCUACUGGGAGGUCGAGUGGAGAGGAGACGUUUUUAUAUCAGUGAGUUACAGAGAAAUCAGAAGGAGAGGAACCAGCAGUGAAUGUUGCUUUGGAUUCAAUGAUCAGUCCUGGAGUCUGAGAUGCUCGGAUGAUGAAGGCUAUUCUGUUUGGCACAGUAACAGAGAAACAAGCAUUUCCUCCUCCUCCUCCUCCUCCUCUGUCUCUAACAGAGUAGCAGUGUAUGUGGACUGUCCUGCUGGCUCUUUGUCCUUCUACAGAGUCUCCUCUGACUCACUGAUCCACCUCCACACCUUCAUCACCACAUUCACUCAUCCUCUCUAUGCUGGAUUUGGGAUCUGGUUUCCUGGGUCCUGGUCUGGUUCCUGGGUGUCUCUGUGUAGAGUCUAAAGAGUGUGAUGGUAGCAGAGAAACUCUGAAUGGUGAACAGAUAGUUCAGUCUGUACAUGUCUGUCUCUUUCACUCAGAAACAUAUUUUCAGAUUCAUGGACUCAAUCAGUUUCUAUGUGAAACUCUUCUAAAUGAUUCCUUGGAAACUUCUUCCUCUUCCAGUCCUUUAAAGAUGGAAGCUGUGCUUCUUCCAGGAUCCACAUGUUUCUAGCCAAAGCUUCACACUAAUAUCAGGAUGUUGUGUUCAUUUCCUGUCAGCUGCAGUUAGUUUCACUUCAUGAUGCUGGAAAUGAAAAUCCUCCCAGUGUUUCACUCUG